CUCAGACUACUUUGGACUCCUUUGAUAAUAGUUGCUACAGUGUCACGUGACAACUGGACGGCAAGCAGCUUGGGACAAGAAAGCUGAUUUUGCGUGAGCUAUACUAGGCAGCAUGUACAUGGAUCAUUAGCACAAAACGUGUACUGGUAAAGAUUACAAUCGUUUGAGAAGUAAAAAAACAAAACAGCCAUCCUGGAGUUUCCUCAGAGCCAAGAUCUUUUUAGUGAUGACUUCCAAUCUCAAAAUGCCACAAGCAAUGCUGACGACAGAGGACUACACAGCGACAGCUCCAGUUCUGGUCAUAGCCUGUUCCAGACUCAAAUGCCAUGUACACCUAUGCGAACCAAGAGAAAUCGGAAGCUAAAGAGGCUGAAUCGUCAUUCUCCACCUCCAUUGCCACCCUCAUCUGGUGACUCUUCAGACUAUUUGCCAGUUAAUCUAAAACAGAUUUUUGAGCAGCAUUUUCAAAAAAGGAAGAAGAAGAAAAAGAAGAAACGUAGAAUAUUUCUGAACCGACAAUCUGUCCUUUCCUUAAAUAUUAGAAAGCAGAGACUGAAACACAAGGGACUUUGUUUUCCAUUUGCAACUCCAAAGUAUUUGACGUUUAAAAUGUAUUUUCCAUAUGAGCAAUCUGUUGUUGGUGGUUUUCUACAAUAUGUGAAGAAUCUCAAAUGUAACCGUAGCCUUAAAGAAUCACUGAAGAAUAUGGGUCAAGAUGAUGAGCUGGAGGAUGAAAUGAUAGAUAUGAGAAAAUACAAAUAUCUAGAUGAUGAUGGAUCUAUUUCACCCAUAUCUGAACCUGGUGAAAAUACUGACUGUGAGCAAGAAGAAGUAAAUGCCUAUGAUGCCAAAGUUGUGGAAAACAGCACUUUCAUUUUAAACUGUAAUGUGCCAAGUAAGAAAAAUUGGUGUAUAAAAAAGAAAAAAAGAAAACCUAAAAAGAGUCAGCGUAAGCACUAAUGAUCGAGCAACUGUAUAUUAAGGAGGCUACACGUGCUAUUUUCCAUUCAGGAAAUAAAUAUUAUCUUACCCUACAUAUGUAAAAAAAAUUAUUACAGUUUAAUUAUUAAGUAUUUUUUCAAGGUUUAUAAGUUUGCCUUACAUUUGAUAUCAUAAUUAUUCUCAAAAUGGGCUACUGAACUUCCAUUUUUAAUAAAAGCAUAUAAAAGCAA